AUGCUGAUCGAUGUGUUGCUUACCAGUGAAAAGGUGCGCAUGCGCGACUCGUCUGCCGUAGAACAGAAACUUAACCAGAUUAUCAGUGCUGACAAGGAUAAACUUUUGGUGGUCUCAGAUUUUGAUUAUACGUUAUCACGUUUCCACGACCCUGAAGGUAAAAGUUGUUUAACAACACAUGGCGUUUUUGAUAGCGCUGCAUGGACAGUGUCGCAAGAGCUUGGUAUGAUUCUCGAAAGACUGAAGGAGAAAUAUCUCCCAAUUGAGUUUGAUCCACACAUAACAGUUGCUGAAAAAAUUCCUCACAUGGAAGACUGGUGGAGAACUUCUCACGAACACAUCAUCAAAACUGGUUUUACGAAGAAAAUGAUCCAAAAAUUUGUUGCUGAAGCAAAACUCGAAUUAAAGGAAGGAGCAGAGGAGUUAAUGCUAAUGUUGCGUGAUCAUAACGUGCCUUUAAUUAUUUUUUCUGCUGGUAUAGGAAACGUGAUUGAUUUUUUUUUGCGGAAAGAGCUUGGCAGAUUUCCAAAUAAUAUACACAUUGUUUCGAAUAUGAUGAAAUAUGAUGAAAACGAUGUAGCAGUUGCAUUUAGUGAACCUCUUAUUCACACAUUUUGUAAAAACAGUGCUGUUAUUAGUCGUUAUGGGUCGUUGUUCAGUGAGAUUUCAUCGCGAACAUGUGUUUUAUUGAUGGGCGACUCUCUAGGAGAUUCGAAAAUGGACGUAGGUUUGGAAUGUGAACAAGUUGCAUUGAAAAUAGGUUUUCUGAAUUAUAAUGACGAAACAUUACUGGCUAAAUAUUUGGAUGGAUAUGAUAUCGUUUUGUUAGAUGAUCAGACUAUGCACGUUCCUCGUUUAAUUCUGAAUUCUAUAUUCGAAACAGAGAGAGACGAAAAUCUUUCUUGUAUAAAUUGUCGUCUAGAAUCAAAGAAAAAGUCGCACGUCGCAACAGAAGAAGAAUCGGUUGUUGUCAACAACAAAGUCCCUAAUUUACGAUAA